UCGAGAGGACAAAGAACACUUUACAUUCGUUACAAGACACAGAGAAUGCCUGCUGCCAGCAUUUGAGGGGCAAAUCCCUAUUUAUUUUUGGAUAGGUCAGCACUGUGUUCUAAUGUCUUUUCUUUAGUCCUCUCUUUCAUCCGUCUCAAAUUCAUUAAGAUAUGUUUCAAUAAUCUUCCUCGAAUUUUUCAUUUUUCCUUCCCUCCAGUACCACACUUAACAUUUAGGAGCAAAUAUCCACAAAAGUGCACAUAAAUUGACUAUUCAUACAAGGUAUGAGUUGAAUCAUUCACUUCCACUCAGCAAUUUAUUUUCAUUUCUUUCCCCCAUUGCAAUCUUAUAAGUUUCAGUUUCAUAACCCAGUCUCCUCUCAGGCUUCUCCCCCAUUGCAACAUUGCCAUAAUAUAGAGGAAAGGGCAACCUUUCUAGAUAAGAACAGGUUUCCUUAUUUAGGGAAUCUAUGCACCGACUGCUCUCAAACAAUUAUAUAAGCUUUUGGUUAGUAGGGUCUUCAGGAUUUUGCAUGGAUAUCUUUAUUAAACCAGCAACCAGUUCCAAAAAGGAAGUUCCAUGAGUUUAGAAUGGGAAAUUUGCAUAUUCAGUUGGAUAUUCAAACAAUUUGUCAGUGAUUAACCCUCUAUGACCUUUUCCUGCUGCCUGCACGUUUGCUAUUGGACUAAUCAGCGAGUCACACUGCACAGCGUUCCCCUAAUUUACUCGGACAACCAGAGAAGCAGGGUCUCUUUAAUUUAAAUUAAAACAAAAUUCAAGCACAAUUUAACAAAUUGCAGAGAAAUCAAAAUAUUAACUUAAUGGCCAAACUUGUGGUGUGGCCACAGAGUGCACUGCUGCACAGAAAGGUGGGAACAGAACUGGAAGAGGGGAUGCUGUGAUGCGUAGGAGAGGUAGUUGCUUUUGUGGCUACUCUGGUGCUAGGGUCAAGGAUGUUUGAAGCAACUGCAGGCCUUUCUGAAGGAAGAAAGUGCUGCAUGUAAGUACUAAUGACAAAGGUAAGGGAUGAUAUCUUACAACAAGAGUUCAGGAAGCUAAGCAAUCAUUUUAGGAAGUUUCUUCCCUUCUGUCAUCAGAUUUCUGAACAAUCCAUGAACACCAUCUCAUAAAUUCUCUUUGCACUAAUUAAUUUCUUUCUUUUUGUAAUUUUUAAUAAUUUUUGAUGUCAGGCACUGCACUGCUGCCACAAAACUAAUCUCAUGACAUACGUCAAGAAUAAUAAAGCUAAUUCUGGUUUUGUUUAAAGAGUUUAAAGAUUGGAAUUCCUGGAUUGCCUCCAGUGCGUGGAACUCAUGAGAAUAGGAAUAGGAUUGGUGAAAUGAAUGUGUGGAUGAAGGGAUGGUGCAAGAGAACAGGCUUCUGGUUCCUGGAUUACUGGGACCAUUUCUGGGAAAGAUGGGACCUAAACAUGAGAGAUGGGUUACACCUUAACCUUAAUGUUGCAAUAUUUUUGCAGGGUGGUUUACAAGCACUAUUAAUCUAAGUUGGCAGGGUGUAAGGCUCAGAGCAAAUGCUUGGCUGGAGAAAUAGAAUCACCUAGAAGUGAAACAGCUUUAAGCUCAGUUGUCAGCAGGCAAAUGCACAACAAGGGAAUUCCAAGCUAAGUUACAUCAACUUCAAUGCAAGGACUCUAACCAGUUAUAGAGUCAUACAACAUGGAACUAGGCUCUUUGGUCUAAGUCGGGGGUCAGCAACCUGCGGCUCCCGAGCCAUUUGUGGCUCUUUCACCUCUGUGCUGCGGCUCCCUGUGGCUUUGGGAAAUAAUUGGUCAGUAUUUAAUUAAAAUGUAUUUUAUGUUAGUUUGUUAGCUUUUGAAAUGUAAUUCUAAAUUUGAAGAUUAUGGUGAUCUUGUACAAUCUAAGUGUGGCGACACAUUUCCUGGCACAUCCGAAACGGCUCACAAUUAGCCAGCAUUCCGGCUAAGGGAGAUAGCCUACGGGGGUUUGUGAGUACGCGUCUUUUGCAGCAUCUGCGUCCAUGGGGGCUGGGUUGAGGGAGGCUUAAAAGCAAGGCUGUUUAGUUCGAAUAAAGUUAUUCGACUGCAGUUUACUGACUGCGUGAGCACACCGCUACAACGUGUUUUUAUCGCUAUUAAUAUACGUCACCACUGCCAAUACCUGACACCCGCCAGUGCGCGAUUUCUUUAAUUUUUCGAUCCAAGGUAAGCCAACUAUGGAGAAUUCUAAAAAAAGAAAAGUGACUGAAGAAAACAGAACGUUUAAUGAUAUGUGGACAGAUUCAUUUGCUUUCACUGUUGACGAGACUGGUUUACCGGUAUGCUUAAUAUGCAAUGAGAAACUAGCAAACAACAAAAAGUCAAAUGUCACAAAGCAUUUCCAGAAUAAACACGCAGCCUUUGCUCAAAAAUAUCCGGAUGGAGAUGAGAGGAAAAAAAGCCGUUUCGGAACUGAUGCGGAAGGUUGAUCUGAGCAAAAAUCAUUUCCAGAAAUGGAUGAAGUCUGGAAAAUCAACGACAUACGCCAGUUAUAUUGACGCUCAGGAAAUAGUCAGGCACGGGAAGCAGUUUACAGAUGGUGAAUAUAUAAAAGAAUCUUUCAUUAAGAUUUCAGAACAUCUAUUCACGGACUUUAAAAACAAGAGUGAAAUUGUGCAGAAAAUCAGGGAUAUGCCCCUCUCUGCAAAGACUGUCAAAGACAGAACCAUAAAAAUGGCAGAAGACAUCACAAGACAGCAAAUUAAAGACAUCAAUUCAGCUGUGGCCUACUCGAUUGCCUGUGACGAGUCUAAAGACAAAGGUGAUAUUGAACAAAUAGCGUUGUUCUGCCGGUAUGUAAACUCUGCUGGGCCACAGGAAGAACUGAUUGAGUUGAUACCUCUAAAAGACCAAACACGGGGGGGAGGACAUCUGUGAGGCUGUCUUGAAUUGUUUAAGAGCCAAAGGAAUAAAGACCACCCAUCUGGUGUCAGUAGCUACUGAUGGGGCACCGAAUAUGACGGGAACGCACAAGGGAUUUGUGGCUUUACUGCAGAAGUCGCUGGACAGAAAGCUGCUGACUUUUCACUGCAUCUUGCACCAAGAGGCACUGUGCGCUCAAACAUUUCCUCCGGAAUGCACAGAAGUAAUGGAUGUUGUCAUUCAGAUUGUCAAUAAAAUAAUGGCAAAAAGUUUAAAUCACCGUCAAUUCCGUUUGUUACUGGACGAGCUGGAAAGCGCAUAUUCUGAUCUCCUGCUGCACAACAAAGUCCGGUGGCUGUCCAAAGGGGAGGUGCUGAAACGCUUUGUCGCGUGUCUGGAAGAAGUGAAAACUUUCCUGGGCAGCAAAGGGCUCACCUUUCCUGAGCUGGAACAGCCAGAGUGGCUGGAAAAGCUACACUUCAUGGUAGACAUGACAGCGCACCUGAACACGCUGAACACAGCUCUUCAGGGGAAAGGACGCACAGCCCUACACAUGUUGGAGGAUGUCUUGGCAUUCGAGCGCAAGUUGACAGUGCUUGCCAGAGAUUUACAGAAAGGCACUUUGUCUCACUUCCCCAAUUUGAGAGAGUUCAAACAAGGUCAACACAUGAUAAUUUCGGAGUAUUUACAUUCUGCAAUCAUCGCAAUGCAAACAUCGUUUGGGAAACGCUUCUGUGAGUUCAGAGAGGAAAAAAACACAUUAUCCUUCCCGGUCACUCCCUUAAGCAUCGAUCCUUCCCUACUGAAUACGACUGCAUUGGCAGGUGUGAGUCAACCUGAUCUUGAGAUGGAACUGGCCGACAUAGCCGACAAAGACAUAUGGGUGUCCAAGUUUAGACGCUUGACAGCAGACCUUGAAGAUGUUGCCCGUCAGAAGGCCGUUCUUGCUCAGAAUCACAAAUGGAGUGAUAUUGAAAACCUUCCAAAACCGGACAAACUUGUGUUCGAAACAUGGAAUGCUAUGCCCGACAUUUAUGUAAACAUGAAAAAGUAUGCGCUUGGAGUCCUGUCGAUCUUUGGAUCCACAUAUGUAUGUGAGCAGGUGUUCUCCAACAUGAACUUUAUUAAAAACAAACAUCGCGCACGCCUCACAGAUGACAGCUUGCGAUCCUGUGUAAAGAUGAAGGUGACGUCAUACAGCCCUGAUGUGCAGACGCUGUGCGCUGAGGUCCAGGAGCAGAAAUCCCAUUAACCAAGCUGACAGCUGGCUGAUGUUAUUUUUGGUUUGCUGCUGGUGGAAAAUUUAAGUUCGGCGUUUUUCAUAAAUACAAGAAGGACUCAAAUAGACAUUGAGUAUUUUACUUAAAAGUAACUUUCAACCCAACGUCUUUUUUUCGGAGUUCAAAAUGUUUUUGAUGCAUGCAGAAAUGUAAUUUCGUUUUCUCUGCAGGAGUUCAUCAAUUUCAUAAAUGCAACACAUUAUAGUUUGUUUAUACAUAGCAUAAAGGCAAAAAAAACGUUGUAUGCAGUGUUAUUUCAUUUUAAAUGUCAAACGGGUUUUGCGGCUCCCAGUGUUUUCUUUUCUGUGGGAAACGGGUCCAAGUGGCUCUUUCAGUGGUAAAGGUUGCUGACCCCUGGUCUAAGUGGUCCAAGCCAACAACAAUUCCCAUCUAAGCUGGUCCCAUUUGCUUGCAAUUGACCCUUAAUUUUCUGAACCCUUGCUAUCCAUGUACCUGCUCAAGUACCUUUUAAAUGGAUUCUUAUGAUUGAUUAACUUAAUGCUUCAAUAAAUGCAGGGAUUGAUACUGUUGUAUCACUAAGACCAGGUGGGGUGGGGGAGGGAAGGACUGAAAACUCAAUAUUCCAUGUGGGUGCUGAUUCACAUUACAGUAAUGUGCAAAAGCCUUAAGUGGACAUAUAUAUAGUGAGGGUGCUGAAGACUUUUAUGUUUUAUGUAUUGCACUGUACUGCUGCAGUAAAAAAGAAUAGGUUUCAUGACUUAAGUGAAUGAUGAUAAACCUGAUUCUGAUAUGGGUCUCUGUUGUGGACUGAGAAUGGGAAGGGGCUAGGGAGAGAGGAAUCACGGUUAGGAAAAGGGGAAGGAAGAGGGCAGGGUGCAGGAAGCACCAGAGAGACAGUCUGUAAUAAUCAAUAAACCAACUGUUUGGAAUCAAAUGACCUUGCCCAGUAUCUCAGGGUUGGGUGUGUGUCCGCACCUGCGCUAACCACCCCCCCCCCCCCGUUCCUGGCACUCCUUCUCUGCCACAUGUCCAAUACUCCACCUUCGCCAUUUCCAACAUCCUUUGCUCCUGCCAGAUUUACAAACUCGCUCCCAUUCCAUGUUGACAAAUACAGAACUAUGCAAAAGUCUUAGUCACACUAGAUAUAUAUAUUAGUGGUUGACCUUUGCUUCUUAAUUAUUUUUAGUUCAGAUUUCCAGCAUCCACAGUAAUUUGCUUCUGCCCCAUUUAUUUGCUGGCUUGAAGUUUAUGGGAUUUGAGAUAAUUUUGAUUGAUGAUAAAUUGGAAGUCAACGUAGUAUUGAGAUCUAUUGAAGUGGCUUGGGACAAAUUCAGCACAAGGACGCUCUAGUAAAACUUCUUUGACAAUUUGGCUAAUUUAAUUUUUUCAAAUAAAUGAAAGUUGUUGAAAGAAGCUGGAUGUGGGAAAAAUUAAUCUACCUAUUACUUUACAGGCAAUAAGUGCAAAAAGUUACGACUUUUGUUGUUUUUCUGGUUGUUUUGGAAACAUACAAUGGAUCCUCAAGCAUUCUAAUAAAACACACUAAGCAAAAUAACCGAAGCAGCAGUUAUGAA